UUUAAAUUUUGAGUAUUUUUAUUCAAGUAUCAAACAUAAAAAUAAUUUGGAAUCCAAUGUCAUGUCAUCUUACACAUCCAUUUAAACAAGAGUUGCAGUAAUUUCAACACAACCGACUAAUGUGCCUCUGUCAGUGAGUGUAUCUCUGACAACAGUGUUCUGGAAUGCUGGUAAGAAUCCGGGAAUAUCUUGAUUAAUCAUCCAAAUAUGUGGAACAUCUGGUAAUGUUGGACAUCCGUGGAAAACUCCAUUUACGUACAAUUGAUUGCAUCCGUUAUCAUGUGGUGGCUCAACAGGAAGUUGAACUGGUAUUCCGAAAAUAAAAGCAAUAUUUUCUACCAAUAAUUCUUGAUGUACAUCUGGUGAUGAUAAUGUUACAUUAGCAAUGAAAGGUUGCCCACGAACAGCAAAGCAUCUUUCAGCAUCACAAAGUGGUGUCUCAAUGUGAUCAGGUCCACGGACACCUAAGCAAUUACGCCAGAAAGUGGCACUAACUGCUGGUGCCAAAAUCACAGCAAGAACGGCAAAAGCAACAAAUUUGUACAUUUUCAGUUGAAGAAAUUCCAAACAGACUGAAGUGAUUGAGAAUUGCGGGAGGAAAUUUAUAGCUAAAAGAGAUUAUUCUAUCUUAUCAGAAUGGAUUUUGAUGAUUGACUUUUCUGGUGGGAUUUGAGAAAAAUUUUGAUAAGGAGAAAAGUAUGGAAUUAGAAGAGAAUGAAGGUCGUAAAUUAGAUUAGUAACAACGCUAGUGGCUUUUAUUUGUUCAAGGUUUGUUUUGACAGUUAAUAUCUCGUCAAGUAUGGCAACAAAGAUUGAUUUCUUUUCAUUAUUUGUCUAAAACUAUCAUCAUUAAAAUUGCGGUGAAAUGGCAUCAGUGGUUUAGGUGCUAGAGCAUUACCCUUACGUGCCAAAGGUUCUAGAUUCAAUCCCAGGAUAAGUCAAGUUUUAAAAGCUCUUUUUCCAUUUCACCAUUCUAGUUACGAAGGUCGGCUUCUGUGUUGGGUGUAGUUUUGAGGUCUUUGGCACAUAAAGUGUCUUCUUUGCUUGGUAUACUAGGAUAUACUAGCAUCUGGAUGAUUUCAUUGCAGCAUCUUGCGCAUACGAAUUGUGACUAGGUACAUUGCAGGGUACAUCAGGUCUUAUGACGUACUCGUGUCUUUGAAAUAUGAAGAGCUUGCUAGUGGUUCGGAUUCCACUAUAAACUGUAGAUCUAAAGGAUGUCGUACAAUAGAUUCUGUUCUAAUUUGAAUUGCAGUACCUCCAGCUCUGGGCUCUCUCCAUGCUUUACCUGUUUUUCAUCAUCAUUCAGAUUAGCCAAUUAUAGACAAUUUUUGUAGCUUCUGAAUCUCAGAACAUUCUGCGAUUGGUUACCAGAACUGCUCUGAAAUAGAUUUUUGGGGCGCUUACAACAAUAUAUUCUCCUCAAAUAGCCGUAGUCAAAAUAAUUUUAAAUUAUUAAUUUAAUUUUCCUCAACGAACCAAACUAAAAUGAAGCAGCGAGGCUUUUUUGCGGAAGUGAUCGAGGUUUAUUUUCGUGUACUUUUAUUUAAAUUGAUGUUUCAGUUUUUUUCUGAAUUCAUUUCAAUUAGUGGAGAUUAAUCAAAAUUUGAUUCAGUAUUAAUUUCCAAUUCAUCCACUAAAGAAAAAAAAUCAUGAAAUUUCUGCUGAUUUUUACAGCAUUUUUAUGCAUAGCUCAAACUCAGGACACCGGUUUCUUACCAAACGUUUGUUUUUGUGUCACAUCCAAAAGUUGCGGUUAUAAUUAUGGAAAUGUAACAAUGCCACCUCCUCCAUCAGUAGAUGGUGAAGGUGUAUCAGAAGAGGUGACAGAAGAAGGUGAAACAACAAAAACAACAUCUUCGAUUACUUUUCCUGACGAUGAAUCAACUUCACAAGGAGAGGAAGAAACUACAGAAAGGAAUAACAGACCAACUAUCGAGGAAAACGACGGCUCAAUUAAUUUAAGGAUUGGUGUUUCAGGUCCACCCGUAGCACCAGAUACAGGAAAUGUCAAUAAUUCAAAUGUAUCGCCAGUUAAACCUGGUGUUAAUUUAUUUGUGGCAAAUCAAUCAAAGUGCACUACAGGUUUAGAUGUUUGCUGUCCAAAAACUGGAUUUGGAUGUGGAAUACGAUAUCCACCAGUAGCUGGAGCUCCUAGAAUCAAUGGAACUGGACAGAGUUUUUAUGGAGGACAUCCAUGGACUGUUGAUCUCAGACAGAUGAAUAAUGAUUUUCUUGGUGCUGGAGCAUUAAUACAUCAUCGGCAUGUUCUGACUGUUGCUCAUAAAGUUUAUUACGCUACUUCGGUAAAAUGCAGAGUUGGAGUUUGGAAUCGAAAUAAUGAUUCUCAAAUUUUUCCGGUACAAGAAUUUGUUGUUGCACAAGCAAUGAUUGCAAUUCAUCAAAACUUUACAAGUUUUAAAACUUUAGUUAAUGACAUUGCUAUUUUGAGGUUACCAGCACCAGGAGUUGAAUUGGGUCUCAAUCCAACAAUCACAACAAUAUGCUUGCCGAGUCUUUUGCUGUCAAAUCAACGGUGUUGGGUUUCAGGUUGGGGCAAAGGAUCUUUCAACUCAACAGAUAGCUUUCAAACGAUAAUGCGAGAAGUGAAUUUACCUCUAGUCAAUAAUGCAGACUGUCAAAGCAAAUUGAGAACAACAAGAUUGAAAGAAAAUUACAUUUUAGAUUCAAGUUUUAUCUGUGCUGGAGGUGAACCUGGAAACGAUGCUUGCGUAGGUGAUGGAGGUGGAGCUUUAGCUUGCUCUGUGAAUGGUCGAUUUUAUUUAACUGGAUUGGUUGCUUGGGGAAUUGGUUGUGGAUCAGAUAUUCCAGGAGUUUAUGUAAAUGUUCAAAAAUACAUUCCAUGGAUUCAAAACACAAUUUUAGGUCUUGCUAAAGCUGAAACAUCACAAACAUCGCCAACAGUUGCAUCAUCUCGUCCAGCAAAAAGACGAAGUUCCACAAGAAGAUUAACUGCUGCAGCACCAGGACUUUUAAAUUUGAAAAUUCCAAAUCUCGACAACUCAAAGGAACAAAAUCCGAUGGAUUUGGUUAUGAAGUUUGUCAAAAUUGGUGCUGCAUUAGCUCAAGCUCAGUCAGACACAACCACUACUGCUCCAACAACCACUGAAGCUCCAACAACCACAGAAGCUCCAACAACGAUAGCUACAAUACCAGAUUUGGGCUCAAUUUUAAAACAAUUUGAUAGCGCUUUUGCUCAGCUCAAUAAAUACUUCAAAAAUACUUUUAAAUAUGGAAAAAAUUAAAUUAAAUUUAAA